CAGAACGCUAGCGACACCGGCCGCGCCCGCACACGAUCCGGUCGCGCAACGUAACCAAAUAAUAUUAAACGCGCGGUACUGUUGUUCGCAGACAUGUUCACGUGGACUGCUUCGCUGUCCGCCACUGUCUUCUGUUGCACGCUGCUGAUCGUCACUGUCACCGCCAGGCACGGACAGAACGUGGCCCGUUUGACGACGUCUGCGGAUUGGCGCGAAGACGUCGUCCACACGACAGACGUCGGGCGGGAAGACGUCGUCCACACGACAGACGUCGGGCGCGAAGACGUCGUUCACACGACAGACAUCGCGUGGGAAGACGUCGUCCACACGACAGACAUCGGGCGCGAAGACAUCGUCCACACGACAGACAUCGGGCGCGAAGACGUCGUCCACACGACAGACAUCGGGCGCGAAGACGUCGUCCACACGACAGACAUCGGGCGCGACACCAUCAUUUCGGACGGCGGUUCUUCGUGCUGCAACGGGCGAUACGCCGCCAGUACCUCGUCACCAUCGCACAACACCGUCGCAAGGCCCCGUGAAAUCCCUUUGGAUAUCAUAAUUGAAUUGAAUCAGGUGACAAAUGUGUCAGAACUGUUCUCUAAAUUUAUUCCGGAUACAAAUUUGGAUGAAGCCCAAACACUUUUUGUUCCAACAGGUUUUCGAAGUCAAACUGCGCUAAAUAUAGAAAGAAAAUCAACGUUGGUUCCAAAGCCAGCCGGUUGUUCUCCUGUACUUCAAACGGUCAGCCUUAAAGAUACUGACGAUCAAAGUUUAUAUUAUCAUCCUGCAACGUGCAUUCAGGUGUAUCGUUGUGGUGGUUGUUGCCUCCACGACUUGUUGGAAUGUCAACCGACCAAAGUCGAUACCCUCAACUUUGAAGUUAUGGUCUCACAAUAUAAAGGGGCUGGAAAAUUUGACUUCGUAGGUCGAAAAAUAGUGUCGAUAGAACAACAUUUGAAAUGCAAUUGUGGAUGCAUUGUUAAACAAGAAAAUUGUACUCGCUUGCAAACGUAUCACCCAAAACAGUGUCUUUGUUUGUGUAGCAACCAAGAGGACCAAGAUAAAUGUAUCGAUGAAAUGGGUUUAAAACUAUGGAAUCCAGCGACUUGUACGUGCGAAUGUAUUGAAAUCAAAGAAUGUACUUCAGGAUUUGGAUUUAAUUAUAAUACAUGCGGAUGUGAAGCUUUAAGACAAAGAAUAAAAAACACUGCUUAUGAAUUCAACAAAAAUACAUAUUCAUUAAAAGGAACGUGA